UUGAUAUUUAUCGCAUCUUGCCUCUUCUCGCCACAUAUUCUCGCUCUCUCGGAAAAUUCGCUCGCUCGCGUCUGCACAGUCGCACCCUAACAGUUUUUUAUGCAAAAUCCUUUUCUGCAUCCUUUGCAUAAUCUGUAUACAAAUUUUGGUGUCAAUUUGCUUAUUGGUUACAGCUACAAAGUGCUCUUAAUAAUGAAACUUUAAAUAUGGCUACCUUGUAUAGUAUACAUCACUUUAAUAAAAUAUUAAUUUUUAAAAAAUUUUUAUUAAAAUUAAAAAUAUAAUUUUUAUAGAUACUUCACUUAAUCAAUGGUGGAAUAAACAAUUACAAUGUCUGGCAAUAUUGCUGAUGCUCAAGAAAAACCAGAUGUUUCAUCCCCUCUUCCUGAAUUGAAUCUUAAUCUUCAUAAUUUUGAUACCCCAGAAGCUCAAAACUGUCCAUACGUCCUAACCAGUCCACGGUCAUUAGAAGCUUGUUCCAGACUUGGUGUCAAAGUAAGAAUCAGUGGAAGUUCUUUAUUAAAACCUUCUACAUUAUGUAGACAGCCUUAUCAAGUCAGAUCUAUUUUUCCGGUAAUUAUGUAUUUGGUUUUCUGCACACUUAUUAAAAUAGAUGAUCAGCCUUUUAAUGCUUUACGACCAAGAAAUGCACCCUUAGAAUAUGAUACAAUUAAUGAUAUGGUUCCUGAUACUCUUACCCAUCAAACACCAUCCAGACGUAGAGGUAGACCACUUACUCGGAAUUUUAGCCUUCGAAGUUUACGACCGGCAAGUUGGUCUACUCCAACAUCACCUUUUUAUAGAGGUUCCCAGACUUUAUUUCUUCCAAUUACAUCACCUUUGUUGCAUUCCAAAUUAAGAAAUUUUCCAGGAACAAAAAUGAGAUUACCACCCAAGGAUGUAAAAAUACUAGAAUUAAUUCUUCAGAAAUAUGAACAUCAAGAGGAGGAAGAAGAUAGACGAGCAGCAGCUAGAAGACAAUGGGAUAGAGAGAGAGAAUAUAGAGAAAAACAAAAAGAAAUAUUAGAAUUAGAAAGAUGGCGUAUUCUAGCUGCAAAAUGUCAAAAAAAUGAAGAGAUAGAAGAGGCAAGUAAUGAAUUAGAUAAGAAAGAUCAUGAUGGUAAAGAUCAGAUUGAAAUAGAACAUUUUUCACGAUAUGAUUUGGCUCAAAAACUACGAUCAUUGCAAAUAAAAGAAGAACGGUUUGAACAAAGAAGGAAGCAAUACUUACUAAAAAGAGAUGAAAUAAUCAAGAGAAGUGCAGAGGAAUUAAAUGAAAAAAUUAAGCAAGUUCGAUUAAAUCAGCAAGAUUUAGAUAAAGCAUUAGAAAAGUGGCAAAAUCAAGUUACAGCAUUUCAAGAAGCAGCAAAUAGACGUGCAGCCCAAAAAGCUGCAGAAAACGUUGAACUGCGGCGUCAGAAGGUUAGACAAGAGAGAUUAUCAAGAGAAGCAGAACAUAAAAAGAAAAUGCAACAGUAAGAUAAAUUUUCCAUAAUUAAAUUUAUUACAGCUGAAUUUUUAAUUAGUUGUAAUUAUAUUUUUAAAUAUAUAUAUAUAGUAGUGAUG